AAACCCAGAACGUACACAAUCGGGCAAACCAGACAAUCCUACGCCGGACAUUCCUAAAGCGCGAACAAGGACAACAACCUCACGUGACACCUACUCAGCAGCAGGAAGAAGCUCGUGAAUCAGAUACGGCAGUAAUUUCUGACCUGCGUGCGGACCAGGGGCAGUCCAACACUAGUGAAUAUGUAGCGAGUGCCGGGUUGCCUCCCAGUGCGUCUUCAGAGCGUUCCAGCAUGUCAACUGCCGACAAUCAUCUAGCAGGGGGGGAUAGCAUGACAAGUGACAACAACCCACGCCUACCACCA